AUGACAUUGACCUCGUGGCUAACAAGCUCCCCCGAAGGACCUACCCAUACCACCGACCCCAACAGCUUCGCCUCUCUCGUCAACAAGAUGAACCUCGCUUCCAUAAAAGCUGACGCCGAAAACAGCUACAAAGAAAAGUACCUUCGACUCCGCAGGCAAAUCGACUCAGACACCGUCCACAACGGCCUUCGUGCUGAGAUCGCGUCUCUCUUAGCCAACAAAACCAAAUACGAGGCUAAGCUCCGAGACACCGAAAAGGCGAAAACGAGCGCAGACAUGCAGGUUGUCGCCCUUGAUCUUGUGAUCAAAGAUACGAACGUGUACUACAAGGCCAAGCUAGAGACUGCAGAAGCGCAGAACAAGGUUCUUAAAGAAGAGAAUGAGAGGCUGAGGAAAGAUGAGCAGGAGUUGAGAUGUUUGCUUCUCUCUCACGGGAUUCAUAUGCCAGCGCAGGAUUCCACGAAUGAAAACAUGCAGACCCUGGAAUCAGUGUUUGAUGUGGAGCUGUUGGAAGGUAGCGGUAUUGAAGACGAUUGGCGGACUGAAUCUAGUGAUUUGGGUACGGACUCGACGGAUGUCUGCCCUCAGUGGUAUAACUAUGGUAGGUGUAGUCGGGAUGGCAGUGAUGCUGCUGAGAAGUGUGAGCUUGGUGUGCAUCCACGUCUUCUUGACUUUGGUGCAAUUCUGAAGGAGUAG